AACCUUGACAAGAUAGCGAAAUUUGAGCUGAAUUCUCGCUAAACGCUAUCCGUCAUGUCGAUCAUCUACCGCAAGUCGAUAGCCGUGCUGGACAAGUUUGUCCCGCAGAAGCUGCAGCCUCUUUGGGCCCAUCCUGCAGGACCAAAAACAGUUUUCUUCUGGGCCCCUCUCUUCAAAUGGGGUCUUGUCAUCGCCGGAAUUGGUGACCUGUCGAGGCCUGCUGACAAACUGAGCGUGGGCCAAGCGGGUGCCCUGAGCGCCACGGGCCUGAUCUGGUCCAGGUACUCUUUGGUCAUCAUCCCGAAAAACUGGAGCCUGUUCUCCGUGAACGUCUUUGUGGCCAUUACCAGCCUCUACCAGUUCGCCAGGGCUAUGAACUACCAAAUGAACCAGAAGAAGCAGGAAGCGCCGACUUCAUAAACGAUAUCGAAAGGAGGAAAUUGCAAUGCUGCAGCUGUUCCUUUUAUUUAGUAGAGAGUAGAUGGGAUAUAUCAUGUGAUCACAAACGAGAGAGCCAAGGAAUUAUUGGCUCGGGGUGGUUCAGUAGGGGUCUUUCGAACAACAACCAAAGCUUAAAAAUGUAUGGUGCAUAUUGUACCUUUCUUGAAUCUUAAAUAUCGAUGUGCAGCACUUUUACACCGGACAAAGUUACACUUUUUGCACAAUUUUACUACACAGCAAAGCAGGUUUUGCAAACUUUUUUCACGCCAGAGUUGACUUUUGGCUGUCAUUGAUUCCAUUUUAUUAAAUAGCUGUUCUGAUGUGAAUCUCUGUAUACAAUUCUGUUUCCCGCGGUGAAAUAAACUUUCUGUUGUUAUUGUUGUCAUUUUA